AUGAGCAACAUCGAGCGGCUACGUUACUGGGAAAAAGGUGAGACUUCGGACAAGAUGCUGCUUGUCUGGCGUGAGGUGACCACCUGCUUCCUGUUCCUCUCCAUCGCUGAAGCUUUGAACGUCUCCCACAGGUGCAUGCAGGACACCCAGACGUUCCUUCUGGAGCUGAGCAAAGACAAACCAGCAAAGUAUGCAGCUCUCAUGUAUGAUGCAUUUGGGAAGCUGGGCAGUGAUGUGGAGGGCGGUAACGUGAACCGACCCGGCUCUGUACAUGAGUGCCUCUCUGUGAGCGCACCCCACUUCAGAGGACAGUACUGCCAGGUGUACCUGAAACAGGAGGAAGUCCAGUAUUUUGUGGGGAUUUGUGUUCCUGACUCGUGUGCAGAGACAGAGGUGCAGACACUGGUCGUUUAUGAUAUGUUACAAUCGGGAGGGGAGUCACUUAUACCUCCAGUGCCCUCUCUGCUUCUGUCCAACCCCACGCUGGGCAUCUUCAUGACCCAGUGCCUUAGUGCCAUCACUCCAGUCGACCCCUCUGCUGUCAUCUGCCUGUGUGUGUGUGCUGUGUUGCUGGCGGGGCCCCUGCUGGCCAGCCUUUAUGUGGCCCUUCUCAGGUGGAGGCGCCAGAGAGAGGUCACCCCCAGCCCACACACACCCCUGAACUCUGACCCCAGUCACUAUGGCAGUGUGCUCUCCAACGGCUCUCCAGCCAGUCAAGCAGACAUGGACACCCCUGAAAACAUCACUGCAGACAUAGACGACAGAACCAGCGAGGACAGCAGCCCAAAGAGCAAGUCUACACACCCCAACACCCACACAGGCUGCUUCCUGUCCUGCCUGCAGACCCUCUCCCUGCAGGGCAGCAGUGCAGGAGUGCUGAGCACCGGAUGCUCAGGCAGUACCGGCAGCUACUCCUCCCUCAACGGCAUCCGCAUCCUCAGCCUGCUCUGGAUCAUCUCAGGCCACAACGUCCAGCUCAGCGCCUGGAACAACCUGGAUAACGAUAAGCGAUGGAAAGAGAGUGUGGAGAGGAACCCUCUCUACGUGUUUGCAUUCAGUGGUCCUGUAUAUCUGGCGGUGGACACCUUCCUGCUCCUGGGAGUUCAGCCUCUCCACCUCUUCAUCGUGUGCCUGGCUAUUGGUCUGUUCUCUGUGGUCCAGCGAGGGGCGUUUUGGUUCAUCGCUGACGAUGAGAUUCGGAACUGUAAGAAAUACUGGUGGUCCAACCUGCUGCUAGUGAACAAUCUGUUCACCAUCACUGACAUAUGUGCACCAUGGACCUGGUACCUGUCCAUCGACUUCCAGUUCUAUGUCACCACCCCUAUACUCAUAUUGAUAUACAGAUGGAACAAGAGGGUGCUUGUAGCCGUGGCGAUCAUUCUUAUGGUGGUGUCAUCCUUCUUGCUAACUCCUGGUGUUGUUCAUUUCCUGUUUCUGACUGCCAUUCACAGAUCCUAUGAGAGCUACUUUCAGUAUUACUACAACAAACCCUACACUAGAUAUGGACCAUAUCUGAUUGGCAUCCUUGUGGGAAUCUAUAUGACAACCAAAACUGGGCAGUUUGUGAGACAUCGGUGGCAGGCCGUUCUGGGCUGGUUCUCCUCUCUCUCAGUGAUGGGGGCUGUGGUGGGCCUGGCCUACAGUCUGAGGGAAGUUCCCCCGAGCCCCUCCCUGCCUCACGCACUGUACCAGGGUCUUCACCGCAGCCUGUGGGCCCUGGCUGUGGCCUGGAUCAUCCUGGCCUGUGAGGAGGGCUAUGGAGGGUUUGUGGACAGGAUUCUGUCUAUGACUGUGUGGAUUCCUCUGUCCAACAUCAGCUUCGCCUGCUAUCUCAUCCACCCUAUGCUUAUUAUUCUCUAUAAUGGCAAGCAGGAAACAGCCAUUCACUACACUGACCUCAACUUUGUGAGUGCUUCCCAUUUACCCUCCUAACAUCCAA